AUGCUCCGCGGCCUUUGCCAGCAACCUAGGGAACUGCUCGAUUACUGCAGCGGAGCUCAAAGGAGCAGUGGCGGGUCUUCAAAUGGCCUGGGACAAAGGCUAUCGUAA